AUGGCGACAUAUGCAAGCCCACUAAUAUUCCAGGACUAGCACGUAGGUUGGUCACAACGAGUAAACAAAGAACUAGCAGCUUCCAAUAAGUUCAAGAGCUUGCUUUAAUCAGGUGAUUUGACUGGCGAUAAAUCCAAGACUUUCUCUUAGACCUAAUAGAUAUUUGGGAGUUCUGGAUCAGCCAAAUAAAACCUGAGGCAGUCAGUGGACUCUCUGAACAAAAAAGGAGGAGCAGUCGGAGGAGCAGAUAUGAUUAUCAAUGACACUAAGAGCAGACAGGGUGGAAGCAAGAAUGUAUUCUAGUCAACUCAGGGAUUCAGCCCAGUCAGAUAGUAUGAGCGUCUAAACUAAGACUUAAACAAGGUGAAGUAGAAACCAUUUUAUAUGUUGGAUUCAACCUAUGUGGUAGCUAGUGACCCUAACAGCAUGAGAGACGUCGGUUAAAGAAUAGGAGCAGUCGAGUAUCGCAUUAACCCUGAGGAGAAACUUUACAUGACUUAGACCCUAGGUAAGUUCUCAACAGGCUCAUAGAGCAAGGAAGAUCCAAACACACUCACUAAAAUGCUGCGAUCAGUUGAAGUUAAAGAUGCCAUCUUGGACGGCUACAACAAAAUUAAUCUUUAGAGGCAAUAUUUAAGGCCAAUGCAGUAUAACUUCAAGACUCUAGAGUCUGAAAAUCUGAAACCCCAAGGCUAGCCCAGAAAGAAUCCAAUUGUCAUCAUCGAUGAAAGAGGAACCCCGAUUAUUUAACUUCCAAGUGGAAUGAAAAAAGAGGAUGAGGGUAGGAUUUACAAAUACACUAAAAAUAUAUCUUAAGAUAUAUUCAACCCCGGAUCUACUUUCUCCUCAAGAUUCCUUUAAAGUUAGAGUGAUCAAGCAACAUAGUAAAAUGUUAGACAAUAAUAAUCAGUGAGAUUAAACUCAAAAUACGCAUAGCAGCGAAAUGCCAACCAGCAAGCACUAGCAUAAAGCGUUGAUAUGCGUCGCCCUCUUCAAAGUACAGGAAGCUAGAAAGACUUGGUACGACUAGGUGCUACCGGCAGUGUUAACUUUAAUGGAAGAGGCAUUGGUGACUUCAGCCAUACCAUGCCUAGAAAGAGUGUUCAGGUUGAUAGAGCUUCCUCACUCUCUGUAGCUGAAAAGGACAGAUUGGAGUAACUGCAGAGUAUGAUUAAGGAAGAAAAGGUAGCCAAGCUUAAAUUGCAAAGAAAGAUCAAUCAGAUGACUCACACUAUGGAAUUGCUUGAGAAGAGAUCACAGAAGAAGUGA